CAUAGAUUAGUUUAUCGAUUAAUUUUUGAUUGAUCGAUCAUAAUCAAUCGUAUGUAAACAGCGUACAGAAGCGAACAAGUUGGAAUUCCUUAAUUCGAAAUUUAAUUAUUGUAUAUGAUUUAAAAAAAAAUUAGCAAGCAUAAAUCAUGGCCAUACCACUUGUAGGAAAGAUCGUCAUCUUGGCUGUAACCUUAGGAGUCAUUGGAGGAAUGACUGCAGUCAUCGUGGUCCUAGUAUCAGAGGAGGAGUCUACAGUCCCAACCACGUCCGCGCCCACUCAGGGGACGACAGAGCCUGUUUAUCAAGAUGCGCUGUACCACGUGGGUGUCGGUAUAGCUGAUAUGACUGGUCCGUGUGUUGAAGUGGUGUUUAUGGGCUACGCUGAAAUAGGUCAGACGGGGCGUGGUCUCCACACGCGACAGUUCUCCAGGGCGUUCGUCUUCGUGCAGGGAGACACCAGGGUCGUGCUGGUGACGGCUGAUGUCCAGGCCGUGGGCAUCCACGUGAGGAGGCAGGUUGUAAGGAAUCUCCAGGAGAUCUACGGAGACACGUACACCCUGAAGAAUGUGAUCAUUGCUGGGACGCACACUCACAGCGCCCCGGGCGGGCACCUGGUCAACUUCCUGCUGGACGUCAGCAUACGAGGGUUCUCCAGGGAGACCUUUGAUGCUUACGUCAAUGGUAUUACCAGGAGUAUAGUUCGAGCCCACGAGAACAUAACACCAGCUCGUCUCUAUUACGGCCAGACGAUGGUAACCAAUGCGCAGAAGAACAGGUCACCAUUUUCCUAUGACUUCAAUCCUGCUGAGGAAAGAAUGAGGUACACAGAUAACCUGGACCACCAGCUGACGCAACUACGCAUCGUCAAACAAAACGGCGACCUCCACGGCGUUCUCAACUGGUUCGCCCUUCACACGACCAGCAUGAACAUGACCAACCGCCUGGUAUCGGCGGACAACCUCGGGUAUGCUGCUAUGAGGUUGGAGAAGACAUUGAACCCUGACAGCGAGGCUGGGAAACCAGAAAUCGUGGCUGGCUUCUUCACAGCAAACCUAGGCGAUGUGUCUCCCAACCUUGAAGAAGCCCAGUGCGAGUUCAGCGGAGAACACUGCGACAAUCACUUCAGUUUGUGCGCGGCCGGGGAGAGGUGCUACGCCCUGGGGCCAGGGGAGGAUAUGUUUGAGAGCACGAAGAUCAUUGGCACCAGAGUCUUUGAAGGAGCUUUGCAAGUCCUCAACUCCCCCGGCGAGGAGUUGACCGGCAACAUAGCGGUGGUUCACCAGUUCGUUGACAUGCCCGAGCAAGUCGUCGCCAGGUACGACCCGGUCACCAGGACUUUUGACGAGAACGAUCAAGUCAGAGGGUGUUCUCCAGCCAUGGGCUACAGUUUCGCUUCUGGUACGACAGAUGGCGCUAAUACGCUUAAUAUAACUCAGGGAACAUUAGAAGGGGAUGACUUCUGGGAUUUCGUGGGGGGGUUGGUGGCGGCGCCUACUGAAGACGACGUGGAAUGCCACGCACCAAAGCCUAUAUUGCUGGCUACUGGACGAACAAACAUCCCAGUCCCCUGGCACCCACGCAUCGUCUCCACUUCCCUCAUCAUGCUGGGGGGUCUAGCUGUGAUCGGAGUACCAGGGGAACCCACCACCAUGUCCGGCAGGCGGAUGAGGGAUGUGGUGGGAGCGGUCAUGGAGGAACACGGCCUGGAGCCAAGGGUCGUGGUGACGGGGCUCACGAAUGAGUACAUACAUUACAUUGCGACAUUUGAGGAGUAUCAGGUUCAGCGUUACGAAGCUGCGUCGACUAUCUAUGGACCACAUACCUUAGAGAUAUUCUUAAACAAAUACUCGGAGCUAGCCAGUGCAGUUGUACAGGGUGAAGAACUCCCCGAAGGUCCCGAACCAGCUGACCACAUCAACAGCACAAUCUCCUUCAUCUUACCCGUGGUGGUAGACAAUGCUGGUCUCUUCCAGAGUUUUGGAGAUGUGUUGCAGCAACCGGAUCCGGUGGUGCGGAGGGGGGAGACUGUUAGCGUUACUUUUAUCGGAGCCAACCCACGUAACAACUUGAGGCAGGAAUCCACUCACUUCGUGGUUGAGAGACAGCUGCUCAGUCAAUGGGAGGUGGUCGCAACCGAUGCUGACUGGGAAACUAGAUUAAUUUGGGAGCGUCGUUCCACGAUUCUAGGGACUAGCAGUGUCACGGUCGAAUGGACAGUCCCUCAGGACGCCUUAGUCACCUCCUACAGGAUCACAUACUACGGCACGUCACGGGGUUUGCUCGGAAGUUUGACAGACUUUACCGGAACCUCUAAUAUAUUUAGUGUUAAUAGUUGACGUUUAGUUUAGUCUAAUAAAAUAGGUAUUAAAUUGU